AUGACGGAUAUACGAUCAGUUUCAUCAUCAUCAUCAUCUUCAACAACGUCUAACAAUGUUAAUCAUAUAGCAAAUUCGAAUUCAUCGGCAAUACCCGAUAUUGAUAAUAUGAAUAAUUUAACAACCUAUGUAAAUACAAUAUUUCGCCAAAUGGAAGAAAAAUUCAUGGCUACUAGUGAUCAAGUUAUGAAUCGUAUGAAUGAAUUAGGUCGAAGAAUUGACACACUUGAAACAAGCAUAACAGAUAUCAUUUCGUAUUUACCAACAGAAAAACCAAAUUCAACAGCACAACAGCAAUCAAAAUCAUAA